GGAAUCGUAAAUUCUUUUUCUGUUUUUCGGGAAUGUUUUGUUUUGUUACCGGUCCUAUUGGAAUACAUGUAUUUUGAGUUAUGUGACAAUUCUAGUUUCUUUGUCAAAUAUAAAGUUAAGAGUGGAGGCUUGAUUAUUUUCUUGAACAGUGAUCUUUCCUAAAUUUGAAUUGGCCAGAGAUGGAUCACACGGUUGUUUUCUUUUUAUAUCAUGAAUUACUUUCUUAGAGUAAAAAUUGUGAAAUUCUGUAGAGAUGGUCUGUUAAUCAAGUCCUUUUGCUUGUUUACCUUGUAAUUAUGCAUCGUACUUCCUCUGUUUAUUCACUAUAGAAUGGGAAACAUAGUUUGUUUCUCAUUGUUGCAUACUGACUCUGAAUGCCUAUUUAGUCAUUCUCAAAAUGUUUUAGGGCAUCAAAGUCUGGUUUGCCACAUGGCAUCUUGUUCAUUUGAUUAGAUUGUCAAUAACUAUGUCACUCUGUAGUUUAAUGGCGCUAACAAAUGUAACGUUAUAUACAAAAUUCACAAGGCACUAAAGUGCUCCAGUUUUUUAUGCUACCAGGCUUCUUUUUUAAUAAAUAUUUGCAACUCUGCUCAUGUUUCGUUUGCAACUUGAAAUGCAUUACAGAUUCAUUUGUUUGAUAAUUGAUUUUGAAAUGGAUUACCAAGACGUUUCAAAAGGAAGGAGAAGGAUCCAGCCUUAUACCACUAGGGUAUCACUGAUUCGUCUGUUCUGUUUAAUUCAAAUUUGCAGAGGCUUAAAGUAUAAUGUACUAUCUUUGGAAGAGAGUGAGAAGUAUCUUUCUCGACUGCUACUUUGCAGAGGCCACCAUCAGGGAAGGAAAGCCAUGCAAGCGAAUCGUGCUACACUACCACGACAUUAUCUUCAAUGGCACAAACAAGGAGAAUGCAACAUCUGCUAUUUCCGCCAAUGCAACUGCCCUUGGCAAGUUCAAAUUCGGACAGCUGGUAAUCUUCGAUGAUCCUUUGACAGAAGAUCAAAAUCUCUUGUCUCCACCUGUGGCACGAGCUCAAGGCUUAUACUUUUAUGACAUGAAAAGCACAUAUAAUGCUUGGUUUUCAUGCACUUUGAUCUUCAAUUCGACUCAACACACAGGUACCAUCAACAUGAUGGGUGCAGAUAUGAUGGACUCAGAAACUAGGGAUCUUUCUGUCGUCGGAGGGACCGGGGAUUUCUUCAUGACACGAGGCAUCGCAACUUUUACCACUGAUACCUUUCAGGGUGCUGCGUAUUUUCGACUUAAAAUGGAUAUAAAGUUGUAUGAAUGCUAUUAGAAGAGCUGUCUGUGGAACUCGCAUAGUGAAGUUACUUCAGUGAGUCAGUGACUGUAUUUUCUUAGCAGAAAUGAAGUGAGUAAUGAAUAAGCAUUGUUUUCUUUUGA